UCGUCUUUGAAAGUCGAUAUUGAGGAGCAGGCAGCGGGCAUCAGUAGCUUCAACAACAGUUUGUUAAAUUGUUUAUUUCCAGACUUGCCACCGAUAGUGUUAACUCUGAACGGCUCGGCUCGCUUUUGUUAGUCCCGGGGAAGAAACGCAGUAGUUUCUAGGAGUUUAUCCGCCUCCAGCUGUCGAGCAUUUGUUUACUGAGAAGUUAUCCCGGGUUAAAUUAGCAAGCUUUGUGGCACGAAAUAGGUCACGUAGCUUCUUGUAGACACCAGGGUGUGUUUGCUUUCCUCCCCCGCCGCCUCAUCCAGCGGGUACGCAGACGUAACGGUGUCCCCGACGAUGGUUUUCCUGAAAAACCUCCGUCCUCCCACUGAGGGAGUGCGGCAUGAGCAAGCCGAGACCACGGCGGUGAUGGACGGCCAGAAGCUGGGCUGCGGCACGCUGUACGUUGCCGAAACGCGCCUGUCGUGGUUCGAUGGCUCGGGGAUGGGUUUCGCUCUGGAGUAUCCCACCAUCGGUCUGCACGCCAUAUCCAGAGACGUCAGUGCUUACCCACAGGAACACCUGUACGUCAUGGUCAACGGCAAACUCGGGGACGAGAACGAGGCAGAAAUGGCAGAGAAAGCAGCUGAUGAUGAAGAGGACGACAGCAGUAACAGCAGUGAUGGUGAUGAUGAUGAGGAAGGAGCGAUCACAGAGAUUCGAUUUGUGCCCAGCGACAAGGCGGCAUUGGAGUCCAUGUUCUCAGCGAUGUGUGAGUGCCAGGCGCUGCACCCCGACCCAGAGGACGACAACUCCGACAACGACUUCGAAGGAGAAGAGUAUGAUGUGGAGGAGGCCGAGGCAGAGCACGGCCAUGCUGACAUCCCGACCUUCUACACCUGCGAUGAGGGUCUGUCGGCGCUCACGCAGGAGGGCCAGGCCACGCUGGAGAGGCUGGAGGGGAUGUUAGACCAGUCAGUCGCUCAGCAGUACCACAUGGCCGGGGUCCGAACUGAAGAAGCCAGUGCUGAAUUUGAAGAUGGGAUGGAGGUGGACGCUGCGGCGAUGGAGGCCGGUCAGUUCGAGGAUGCGGACGUCGAGCACUGAUGGAAGUCCCUCCAGCAGCCGGUCAAAGCACCAGUGUUGCAUCAUGGGAUUGGAGAAGAGGACAGCAGCACUUCUUUAAGGCUCUCAGCUCUUACUCGUACUCUCUUCCUGUUCCUCCCUGUCAAACAAACCUGUUCCCGUGUCCUUAAAGUCAACUUUGUAGUCUUUUGUAGCUUCCUACAUUUUCUCCUGUGUGUUGCUUUGGAGCUCUCGUGUUGCAUUGUCGGUUUUCUGUUCAUCCUUCUGUCGUCUCCAUCUCUAUUAAAUAUGCUGUAUGCAGCCAAGAACGCUACUGUAGACUAUUGAGAUGCAUCCCCAGGUCCCACUGUUGACUGUAAAAACAAAACACUGAUAUAUGUUGAUGUUUUGUACUUAACGACCAAUUUAAUAUCUAAUUUUCCUGCUGAGGAGAGUUAAUGUCUUUGUAUGAAAUUGUCAAUAA